GACUGUAGGGCGAGAGAUGAGUAUCUAAGCUGCUGCAGCAGAAGCUGGGGGAAGGGAGUGGAGAUAAUCGGGGGUUACUGUUAACAGUCUGCUGGUGGAAUUUGUGUUGGACUUUACUUCCAUGAGACUUUGCAUACGUGACAUGUUUCCCACCUGGUAAUUUUUUGUGUUUUCAUUACUAAUGUUGCAAGAUGAUUUGGAUGAAGUAGCGCACACUUCCCAACUGAGAGCAUUGGUCCUUGAAAGCACUUGUGGUGGAUGAAGAAUGAAAUGAAAUCCCGUAUACUGGUAUUGUCUUACCAUCUCCGAGUCAUCUGAAAUCAACGACCCAUCACCAGCUUACCACCAUGAAUGCCUCAGCCAACAACACCCCACUCUGCUACUCCCUCAGGAGUCCUCCAUUCACGUAUCUCCCCAACAUUGCCUCGGCAUACUACUCAUCCAUCUUUGGCACUUUGGGUCUCAUCUCCAAUCUCAUCGCCUUCAUAGUUCUCAUCAAGUCCUUCCAGCGAACACAAAGCCGCUCACGCUCCUUUUUCCUGAUCUUCCUGGGUGGCCUGGUAGUCACUGACUUCAUGGGUCUUCUGGUCACUGGCUCCAUCGUGAUCUCCUUCCAUGUUACGCACUUUAAUUGGCGCAAGUUAGAUCCGAACUGCCACUUUUGCAACUUCAUGGGCAUGUCCAUGGUCUUCUAUGGACUGUGCCCACUGCUGCUUGGUGCUGCCAUGGCUGUGGAGCGCUUCACUGGUAUCAACCGUCCAUUUGCACGCUCCACCAGCAUGCCCAAGAGCAGGACAGUCUCCAUGGUGCUGAUGGUGUGGCUGAUCGCCGGCUCCAUAGCAAUGCUUCCCAUAGCAGGCAUUGGCAGCUACCACAUGCAGAUACCCGGCUCCUGGUGUUUUUUAAACAUCAGCUCUGAGGGAAAUGACAUGGCAUUCUCCUUGCUCUUCUCUUUGGUUGGGCUGAUAUCCAUUGCUGUGUCAUUUUUGCUGAACACAGUCAGCGUUGUGACCCUGAUCAAGGUGUGCUGUGGACAGAACAGGCACCAGCGCCGCAGAGAUCAUGAAGUGGAGAUGAUGGUUCAGCUCAUCCUCAUCAUGGUCAUUGCUUCUAUCUGCUGGUGCCCCCUCUUGGUCUUUAUUGCACAAACUGUGCUGUCCGGAAGUCAAGUCCAGGUCAAAUACCUACUGCUAUGGAUACGCUUCGCCACCUGGAACCAAAUCCUGGAUCCGUGGGUAUACAUCCUGUUUCGCAGAUCAGUUCUUCAGAGAAUCUACCCCCGUCUCAACUGGUCUCGGGGCUCCAUCAUGACCUUGUAUCCAUCUUUCAGCGACACCGUCCGCAGGUUCACACGCUCUUCUCUUGGGAGCACCCUGGGCUCAGAUGAAACAGGAGAGACUGGGAAAUCUAAUGUACCGGCCAUAUCUACAUCAAACUCACCACCUCCUUCUCCAUGAUUGGUUGGAUUUGAGUUGUUGUUGCAGUAGACAUCAUUGAGGUUACAGUAUGUGUUUGAAAGUGUUUUCAAGCUCUAAUGAGUUUUUAGGGUAAGCAAGAUUGCACCAAUAAAUUGAAAAGAUUGAAUCUUGUUAUUUCAUUGCGUACCACUAAAAUAUUUAGCAGUAUUAAUAGCAAUGACACUUUAAUUUA